AUGAAGUUCUACACUACGGCCACUACAACCCUCCUCUUCACCACCGGCCUUGCCUGUGAUUUUCUCGAUAUUGGACGAGACUGCCACUGGGAAGGAACCGCGCCUGAUUGCGGUACCAUCAAUCACGAUAUUGGAUACGUCGACCCCGCAGGCCGUACUCUUGUGGGCUGGACAAGAGGAAUUGCUCUCGAGUCGUUCUGUGACCGGGAGAAGGCGGGCGGAGGUAAUUGUUGCGGCGACUACGGCCAUGGCUGCCAGAGUGGCUACAAGCGACUUUGGUGCAAGAACUACAAUGUUGGACACAUUGAAGGCCACGUUGGAGCUGUGGUGGAUGAUGCUCUUCACACUGUCGACAAUGUUCUGAGUCAUGUGUUUUGA